GUGGCGGUCAGAACAUGGCGGAACAGAUCCCUCUGUACCCGGUGCGCAGCGCGGCGGCCGCGGCCAGCUGCAAACGUGCGGCCUACUUCAGCGCGGCGGGGCCCGGGCCGGGGGCCGAGCGGUCCAGCAGGUACCAGCUGGAAGAUGAGUCUGCCCAUUUGGAUGAAAUGCCAUUAAUGAUGUCUGAAGAAGGCUUUGAGAAUGAUGAAAGUGAUUACCACAAAUUACCACGAGCUAGGAUCCUGCGAAGAAAGAGAGGCCUAGAGUGGUUUGUCUGUGGAGGAUGGAAGUUCCUCUGUACCAGUUGCUGUGAUUGGCUGAUAAAUAUUUGUCAAAGAAAGAAAGAAUUGAAAGCUCGUACAGUGUGGCUUGGAUAUCCGGAAAAGUGUGAAGAAAAACAUCCCAGAAAUUCUAUAAAAAAUCAGAAAUACAAUGUAUUUACCUUUAUACCUGGGGUUUUAUAUGAACAAUUCAAGUUUUUCUUGAAUCUCUAUUUUCUGGUAGUAUCCUGCUCACAGUUUGCGCCAGCAUUGAAAAUAGGCUAUCUCUACACCUACUGGGCUCCUCUGGGGUUUGUCUUGGCUGUUACUAUCAUGAGGGAAGCAAUUGAUGAAUUUCGGCGUUUUCAGCGAGACAAGGAAGUGAAUUCACAACUAUACAGCAAGCUUACAGUAAGAGGUAAAGUGCAAGUUAAGAGUUCAGACAUACAAGUUGGAGACCUCAUCAUAGUGGAAAAGAAUCAAAGAAUUCCAUCGGACAUGGUAUUUCUUAGGACAUCAGAAAAAGCAGGUUCAUGUUUUAUUCGAACUGAUCAACUCGAUGGUGAAACUGACUGGAAGCUGAAAGUGGCGGUGAGCUGCACGCAGAGGCUGCCGGCUCUGGGGGACCUUUUUUCUAUCAAUGCUUAUGUUUAUGCUCAGAAGCCACAACUGGAUAUUCAUAGUUUUGAAGGCACAUUUACCAGGGAAGAUAGUGAUCCACCCAUUCAUGAAAGUCUCAGCAUAGAAAAUACCUUGUGGGCAAGCACUGUUGUUGCAUCAGGUACUAUAAUAGGUGUUGUCAUUUAUACUGGAAAAGAGACUCGAAGUGUAAUGAACACAUCCAAUCCAAAAAGUAAGGUUGGUUUGCUGGACCUUGAGCUCAAUCAGCUGACCAAAGCGCUGUUUUUGGCGUUGGUUGCCCUCUCGGUUGUCAUGGUGACCUUGCAGGGAUUCUCAGGUCCCUGGUACCGCAGUCUCUUCCGCUUUCUCCUGCUCUUCUCCUACAUCAUUCCCAUAAGUUUGCGUGUGAACCUGGACAUGGGCAAAGCCGCCUACGGGUGGAUGAUUAUGAAAGAUGAGAAUAUUCCAGGCACAGUGGUCCGGACCAGCACCAUCCCGGAGGAGCUGGGGCGCCUGGUGUACCUGCUGACCGACAAGACAGGAACCCUCACCCGGAACGAGAUGGUAUUUAAGCGGCUGCAUCUGGGCACCGUGUCUUACGGGACGGACACGAUGGAUGAGAUCCAGAACCAGCUCAUGAAUUCCUACUCACAGACGCAGUCUCAGACCAGUGGAAACAACGCCAGUUCAACACCCCCAAGAAAAGCCCAGUCCUCAGCGCCCAAGGUCAGGAAAAGCGUGAGCAGCCGGGUCCACGAGGCCGUGAAGGCUGUCGCCCUGUGUCACAACGUGACCCCCGUGUACGAGGCCCGCGGCGCGGUCGGGGAGACCGAGUUCGCCGAGGCCGACCAGGAUUUCAGCGACGACAACCGCACCUACCAGGCCUCCAGCCCCGAUGAGGUGGCCCUGGUGCAGUGGACGGAGAGCGUCGGCCUCACUCUGGUCAACAGAGACCUCACGUCCAUGCAGCUGAGGACCCCCAGCGGCCAGAUCCUGACCUACUGCAUCCUGCAGACCUUCCCCUUCACGUCGGAGAGCAAGCGGAUGGGGGUCAUCGUCAGGGACGAGUCCACAGCAGAGAUCACGUUCUAUAUGAAAGGUGCCGACGUUGCCAUGUCCACCGUCGUCCAGUAUAAUGACUGGCUAGAGGAGGAGUGCGGCAACAUGGCCCGCGAAGGCCUGCGCACCCUCGUGGUGGCCAAGAGGGCGCUGACAGACGAGCAGUACCAGGACUUCGAGAACCGCUACAACCAGGCCAAGCUGAGCAUCCACGACAGGACGCUCAAGGUGGCCGCCGUGGUGGAGAGCCUGGAGCGGGAGAUGGAGCUGCUGUGCCUGACGGGGGUGGAAGACCAGCUGCAGACGGACGUGCGGCCCACCCUGGAGAUGCUACGCAACGCGGGCCUCAAGAUAUGGAUGCUGACGGGCGAUAAACUGGAGACGGCCACGUGCAUCGCCAAGAGUUCUCACCUGGUGUCUCGAACGCAGGACACACACGUUUUCAGGCCGGUAACCAGUCGGGGAGAAGCCCAUUUGGAACUGAAUGCCUUUCGAAGGAAGCAUGACUGUGCACUGGUCAUAUCCGGGGACUCCUUGGAGGUCUGCCUGAAGUACUACGAGCACGAGUUCGUGGAGCUGGCCUGCCAGUGCCCGGCCGUGGUCUGCUGCCGCUGCACGCCCACGCAGAAGGCCCACAUCGUCAGGCUGCUGCAGCAGCACACGGGCAGACGCACGUGUGCCAUCGGUGACGGAGGGAACGACGUGAGCAUGAUCCAGGCAGCGGACUGCGGGAUCGGGAUCGAGGGGAAGGAGGGCCGGCAGGCCUCGCUGGCGGCCGACUUCUCCGUCUCGCAGUUCAAGCACAUCGGCCGCCUGCUCGUGGUGCACGGGCGCAGCAGCUACAAGCGGUCGGCGGCACUCAGCCAAUUUGUCAUGCACCGCGGCCUCAUCAUCUCCACGAUGCAGGCCGUGUUUUCCUCCGUCUUCUACUUCGCGUCCGUCCCUCUGUACCAGGGAUUCCUCAUGGUGGGGUAUGCGACGGUCUACACCAUGUUCCCUGUCUUCUCCCUGGUGCUGGACCAAGACGUGAAGCCCGAGAUGGCAAUGCUGUACCCAGAGCUGUACAAAGACCUCACCAAGGGAAGAUCCUUAUCCUGUAAGACCUUCCUCGUCUGGGUUUUAAUCAGUAUUUACCAAGGCGGCAUCCUCAUGUUUGGGGCCCUGGUGCUUUUCGAGUCCGAGUUUGUGCACGUGGUGGCCAUCUCCUUCACGGCCCUCGUCCUCACGGAGCUUCUGAUGGUGGCCCUGACCGUCCGGACGUGGCACUGGCUGAUGGCGGUCGCCGAGCUGCUCAGCCUUGGCUGCUACGUGGCCUCGCUCGCUUUUCUAAAUCAAUAUUUUGAUGUUCCUUUCAUCAUGACCGUGACCUUCGUGUGGAAAGUGUCCGCGAUCACGGUGGUCAGCUGUCUUCCUCUCUACGUCCUGAAGUACUUGAAGCGGAAGCUGUCCCCUCCCAGCUACUCCAAGCUCUCCUCCUAGGGCCACGCACCUGCCACGGAAGGUUCCGGCACCUUCGGGCCCGUUUCCGUGAUGCAGGGUGCGCGGCGGCGGCUGCCGAGAGAGGGCGUGAGGCAGGAAGGGCCCGGGAGGGGGCCAGGGUGGGGCUCCACAGACAGUCGUGCCGCGGCCGGAUUUCCUUUCCUUCCCUUUUUAUUGUUUCUCCAAGUUUAAUUUCCAUGUCGAACCAGCUUGACUUUAUGUUGAAAAUGCGGCCUAACGAUUUCACUGCUCCUGUAAAGCAUCCAUCUUUGUCUGCUGUUCUGAGAACUGAAAUGAAAGGCCGCUUAAUGUUCUGCAGUUUCCUAACAUUCAAAUUCUUUCUUUGAUGUUACAAUAUGGAAAGCCUCCCCGCUUAACCAGAAUAAAGUCUCGAUGCUGUAAA